CCAGAUUUGAACUUCAGACGCGCCGGAGCCGCCAGCGAGUGAACACCGUCUUGCUCCUCCUCCUGCAGGCUGACACCCUCGCCUUGUACCAGGAUCCUACACGCGCUCCUGUAACACCACCACCACCAUGCCUGGGGAACUCAAGUGCCUGCUGAGGUUCAAGAGGCUGACGAAGAACGCCUACGCCCCCAGCAGAGGGUCCAAGUUGGCUGCUGGAUAUGACUUGUGCAGUGCCUACGAUGUUACGGUGCCAGCACAGGGAAAAUGUUUAAUAAAGACAGAUAUUCAAGUAGAAUUACCCGAGAACUGCUAUGGACGAGUAGCUCCACGAUCUGGUCUUGCUUGGAAGAAUCACAUUGAUGUUGGAGCUGGUGUGAUUGACGGAGACUACAGGGGCAAUGUUGGUGUAGUUCUCUUCAACCAUGCCAAGGUUGAUUUUCACGUGAAAAAAGGUGAUCGCAUAGCACAGCUGAUAUGUGAAAGAAUAUUUUAUCCCGAGUUGAAGGAAGUGGAGGAAAUUGAUGACACGGAACGAGGUGAAAAUGGUUUUGGAUCGACUGGAGUCGGUGACGGCGAACAUUAAUUGGUAUACUCGUGAUAGGUUUACAAUUGCUAUUACAAAAAAAACAUGAUUGUGUUUUUACUGGAAUUGAGCAUCCAAAGUAGUAAUUACAGAAUGUUCAUUUUAUUCAUUUUGUUAGGUAGUAUUUUGAGAACCAGUUUUAUGAAUUUAUUUUAAACAUCAGAGAAGGAAGGGAUGUUCCUGAUAAUCUCGGUUCGAAUUGCUACCAUAGAAAUGUUUAUUAAUUUUAAUUUUUUAUGUUUUUAUCUCAAAGUGUAAGGGAGACUUUACAUGAGAACAAAUGAAGAAGACUUCUAUAUACCCCCAUGAAAGCCAAAUAUUAUUAAUUUACCAAUAUUUUUUUAUACCACAAUCAUGGAAAAAAAAAUAAUAAAAUUUUAAAUAAGAUAA